UCCCUCUUCCCCAUGACAACGACAGAUUUCUAGCAUCGUCGUCAGAGGACAAACCGUUAGCUCCUUCGCUCGCGAACGACUCGUAACGAAUAUUAAUGUAAAAUAUCGUGUUUUACAUCAAUAUCACGGAGAAUUACUUCAUGUAGGAAGGCCGUGUGUUGCUGCGUGGAUGUGUCGGAGACCAGCCGGAGGCAGAGGAGGGAGACGCCGCGGGAACAACAUGGCUCUUCUUCAGCAUCCCCGGCUGCUGCUCGCCUGUGUUGUGUUGUUGAGCGCAGCCCCGACCGACUCCCGGUCUUUGCCAAUAUCGGAUCUAAAAUCCAAAAUAACCGGCGUGGAGGAGCUCCUGGAGGAGUUCCGCAAGCAGCUCCAGCAGGACCAGACGUACAAGGCAGCAGGCGACGUGAUUGACUCCUGUGUGGGCGACUUCAAUGCCGUCGGGGAGCGCAUCAUCCGAGCCAAGGCCUCCAUCGAGCAGGGGGCCACCUUCCUGUUGGCCCCGGACAGGGUGUACACCUGGAAGGACUGUCUGCACGCCUGCUGCUCCCAGCCCCACUGCACCGUGGCGGUGGUGCAGCAGGACCUGAGGCAGCCCGGGGACAGCCUCAGCUGCUACCUGUUCAACUGCACCUACAGGAACAAAAAUGUCUGCUCCUUCGCACCGCAGCAGGGCUUCACCACAUACAGCCGGACUCCCAACACCACGCAGGGACACCUCCCUGCUCCACCCGGCGGCUCCGCGCACAGGCCCGGGGAAGGACGUCCCGAGGAGGUGGAUACACAAGAUGUGGAUGAGCCUCCUCGCAGCGAUGCUGGACAGGAUGUGGUGAUCCAGCUGCCCACGGACUGGGCCGUCCUGGAUGGGCGAGACAGCGUGGACGACCAUGAGAUCGACUACUAUGAAUGGACUCUCGUCAAGGGGGAAACAGCCAUCAAUAUGAAGGCGACACAUCCAGGGCUGCUGAAGAUCAGCGGCCUGCAGGAGGGCGUCUACUCCUUCCAGAUGACUGUCACAGACACAGCGGGCCAGAAGAGCUCUGACAACGUCUCCGUCACCGUGCUGCCACCAAAACACCAGGCAGAAGUGUGUACAGGUUUCUGUUCAAAGUACCAAUUCAAGUGUGAUGACGGCUGCUGUAUUGACAUCACUUACGCCUGUGAUGGGAAGCAACACUGUACUGACCGCUCGGACGAAGACUUCUGCCCAAAAUUUGACAACAGGAACAGCAACAGGAAGUCAGUGACCCACCCUGCUGACCUGCCUGCAGCCCAGACAGAGGAGGCGGAGGAUGGCUCCAUGCUGCAGACUGGGCCCAGAAAGACCCUCGAGAACAUCCUUCCACCUCAGGACAGGAGCCAGGCCGCUCCCCCACAAAGUCCCAGUCAGCAGGGGGCUUCAGCCAGUCAAGAUCCAUGUGCUGCAGCUCCGGUGGUCGGACCCUGUAAAGGCACCUUCCCGCGCUGGUAUUAUGACCAAAUUGCGGGAGAAUGCAAACACUUCCUGUAUGGCGGUUGCCAGGGCAACCAUAACAAUUUCCUCCAGGAAUCGGACUGCGUCAGUGAAUGUAUACAGAAAGGUCCAGCUUUCAAACCGGCGACUGUGGCUCCGCCCAUCACCAAACAGACUGAGAUAGCUGCCCCUAAAGUCUCCCAGAGCCAAGCAGAGAGCGACGUCUCCAUCUCCAAACCAUUUCCAGUAAUAGGAGGACAUCCAGUACCAGAGUCAGGUGCGAUCCUUCCUCUGGCUCUCGGCCUAAUCAUCACCACUCUGCUGCUGCUCAUGAUCGGCUGUCGUCUCAGACUUGUUCGACACAAGCUGAAGAAAGCGCGACCCCUCACCACAGAGGAGUCCGAUUACCUCAUCAACGGCAUGUACCUGUAGCCAAUCAGCCGGGGGGGCAGCAAACAGAAACAUGGUUGUUGUGCCCUGAGCCAGGACUUUUUGGAUUUGCUCUCCCAACUCUCUGCUGUCAUGAACGUUUCUGAACAUCCCCACGCUGACUGGUAAACCCGCUGCUGAUAGAUGCUGCCUUCAAAGCCAUCGUCAUAUAUUCAGAUGCUUGUUCAUUCAUAUUUAUGUUGUUUUAAGAAAAUGUCAUUGUGAAUCAGCCCCAAUGACUUCUGGGAAACAUGCAGUGCAACGGACUCUUUGUCCCCUUUUAUUCAAAUGUAUCGCACAAAGAUAUGCUGUAUUCCUGCCACCGGGUGGCACUAACGCGGCAUGUGUGUGCUAAACAUUUGACCUAAGUUAACUUCCUGAAGGUGAAGUUUCUCAGAAGCAUAUAAAGCCAUAGCAAAUUCUAUCGGUCACAAUCUAUUCCUGUUCUGUUGCAUAUGUUUCUUUAAUAAGCAAACUAAUGUGGAGUAUCUACUAUAUUUGCACACGUGUAUUCCCUCAAAGUGCUGUCUUUCAUGUGAGAUAUUAAAGUUUAUUAUAUAUCAAA